AUGACUACCGAAGAGAAAGAGAUCCUCGCCGCCAAGUUGGAAGAGCAGAAGAUCGAUAGGAUAACUAUCACUUUGUAUAGACAAGACGGAGAGGGAGGCAAGUCGAAACAAAGCAGAAGUGAGAAGAAGAGUCGCAAAGCUAUGCUCAAGCUUGGGAUGAAACCCAUCACUGGUGUCAGCCGUGUAACCGUCAAAAAGAGCAAGAACAUCAUGUUUGUUAUAUCUAAACCUGACGUGUUCAAGAGCCCCGCAUCCGACACUUAUGUGAUCUUCGGAGAGGCGAAGAUUGAGGACUUGAGCUCUCAGCUCCAGUCCCAGGCUGCAGAGCAGUUCAAGGCUCCGGAUCUCAGCAACGUGGUCUCACAAGGUGAAUCGUCUUCUAGCGCUGCUGCUGCAGUGGUGCAAGAUGAUGAUGAGGAGAUUGAUGAGGAUGGUGUUGACUCAAAGGACGUUGAGUUGGUGAUGACUCAAGCUGGAGUGACUAGGCCAAGAGCUGUGAAGGCUCUUAAGGCUGCUGAUGGAGAUAUUGUCUCUGCCAUCAUGGAGCUUACCACCUAA